AUGCUGGCGCGGGGCGUCGUGCUUGCGCUGCGCAGCCCAAUCGGGGGAGUGAAGAGGCGCCGCCCGUUUCGCGGUACGCCUGCCCCCCGCCGCUGCGCCUCCUCACCCUCCGCAUUGUUGCAGUUGGAGGCCUCCCUGACGUGCGGCGAGCCCCAGGCGAUUGUCGCGGCGUUUCUUCAGUCCGCGCAGCGCGAGAGGUGCGAUGUCCUGCGGCGAGUUCUGCGCUGCGACGCCUCGCGGGACGCGCUGCUUUGCGCGUGUGUCGGCAUGGUGACUCCGCCAGACCUGUGGCCACCCUUCGUGGCGCAGCGGCUGAGGACGCCUCGCGAGGGGCGAGACACGGAGUUGACCACAACCUCCUGGCGGGCCUUCGCCUUCGCGCUCGUCCGCUGCAUCCACGCCGCGGAGGGCCAUAAUUGUGCCGCCCCGUCGCUUGCACCUCUCUGCGCGACGUGCCUAGCCUCCUCUCUGCAACUCGGGGAGCGCCUAGUCGGGCCGUUGCUGUCCUCUGCGGGGAGGCUGCCAACGGCUGCAACAACUAGGACCGCCGCUGCCGCCUUUACCCCUGCGGAUGUCGCUACGGCGUUUGCGACGUGCUGCGCUUUGAACCGAGUGGACGCGGUGAAGAGCGAUGCCGCAUGGCUGCGGCUCUGGUCGGGGGUGCAGGCCACUCCGGGCGACGCGUUGAGUCCCGCGUGGGUCCGCUGCCACGAAUUGCAUCUUUCUUGCCUCCUCCGCGCCGGCAGGUGUGAGGAGGUUGAGGCGGUGCUUCGCAAGAGCACCGAAGCUCCACUGAUGAUGCGUCGCAUGUCCGAUGCGACCCUCGCAGAGCUUUUUCUUGUGGAAUCAUUAGGCCCUACGAUGCGCAAUCAGGUGCUUGCGGCCCUUCUGGAGGUGAGCCGUGUGAAGGGCGAGGCUGCAUCGGCCCUUUUUCACGUGCUGUCGCCCUUUGAACGCGGCCGCAUGCUUCCCAGCGUUACCCGGAGCAGUACUCUCUUUGCCAAGGCGCUGCACUGUCUCGUGCUGCAGGCCCGUGAGGAGCCCUCGGUGGCGAACUACACGCGGGUGCUCCGCGACGUUCAAGGCCUCUGCCGGGUGUCGAACCCCUACGCGCUCGCUGCUUCGCUGGUUCCCCACGACAGCCCGCUUGCGUCGCUCAUGACGGCGUCACUGGACGAGCGGCGUGCCCGUUUGCUGGCCACCUUUGUGGAGGCGGUGGCUGAGGCGACUGAGUUGGCGUGCGGCUUCACCCGCCGCUCCGGCGGCGGCGGCGGCGGCAGUAGCGGCACUCACGAGGAUUGCGUGGAGGCCACACUGCGGGGCUGCGUCGAGGUACUCACGGGGUUGUUGACGCUUUGCUCGGGCCGCCGUGGCAGGCUUCCCCAGCGAAGGGCGGAGCCAGAGUGGAGGAAGCGGCUGCACCAUGACGCCGCAGUUCGCUCGCACAAGUACGAACUACUUUGCUCUGAGCUGCCGCACGCCCUCCUUAGCGGGUGUCUUUCCACGCUUCUCUGCAACGGUUUCGUGUGUCCUGGCGGUGACCUUGGCGCCUGCUUGGUCUCCGCGGACUUUGUUGACCUGCACUUUUACACGCUUGCCCUCCUCGGCUCACUCUACCACGCUGCCCGUGUGGCGCAGCGGCAGCCCGACGUUUCGGCGACGAUUCGUGCGCUGUACCAACGACGGCGGCAGGUGUUUGGCGAAGACGUCUCUGCCCUGACCCAACGCGUCUCCGCUGCGGCGGCCUCCAGCCCCGGGCUUGUGCGGUGCGAGGCGGCGGUGGUGCAGUACGAUGAAGGCGCCGGUGCCGAGACGAGUCUCGGUUUCCUGCACGCGCGCUCGACUGUCGCCGCCGGCGGCGCCUUCGUCGUUGACAGCAGCUUCGGCGUCUGGCUGCGGAAGGCCUCCGCGAAGGUUGUGUGGUAUUAG